GCUGUCAAUCAGCGCUCCUCGCCCCGCCCCCUUCCACCUCCACGGGUGGGAUAAGGUCUCGCACGACGUCCCGGCAUCAUCGUGCAGGAUCUGUGGGCAGCGAGGGACAGAGGGAGGCGUGCGUGCGUGGGUGCGUGCGUGCGUGCGUUUGUCCAGCAUGUCCCUGAGCCCCGGCAGCAGCUCCUGCACGCCCUUCUCGGUCACCGACAUCCUGCAUCAGGGCCCCAUGGAGGACGUGUACCGGAGGUUCGGCGGGGCGGUGGAGCCCGGCCCGGGGAGCCUGUACCGGUACCAGCAGCACGCCGCCGCCGUGCAGCAUCAGCACCACCACCAGCAGCAACAGCAGCAACAGCAGCACCUCCAUCAGCAGCAGCACCACCUCUGCGCUUCCUCCUCGGCCUCCGGUGCCUACGUGGCCAGCGGCGGAUCGCACUUCUCGGGAUCCGUUGGGGGGUUCUGCGGCGGCGGCGGGGUUGGGGAGAUGCCGGCCUACCAGGACUCGACCCGGGGGGUUGGCCCAGCGGCGGCCUGGUACAGCGGCCCCGAAACAAGAUACGCACCAAUUUCCCGGUUGGUGGGCUCCUGCGGAGGGAUGAGCGUGCAUGCGGGGAUGUCGGGCGGCCUGUCGGCCUUGGAGGGCGGCGUCAAGUCGGCGUUGUCGGCCGCCCCGCGGAGGAAGCGUCGGGUCCUCUUCUCGCAGGCGCAAGUGUUCGAGUUGGAGCGCCGCUUCAAGCAGCAGAAGUACCUCUCCGCCCCCGAGAGGGAGCACCUGGCCGGCCUCAUCCACCUCAGCCCGAACCAGGUCAAGAUCUGGUUCCAGAACCACCGCUACAAGCUCAAGCGGCAGCUGAAGGACUGCAAGGCGGGCCAGCGGCAGCACGACGCCGGCCGCUCGUCCUCCACUUCCCCCAAGCUCGUCAAGGUCGCCAAGCCGAGCCGGGGCGACUCCAACCCGGCGACGGAGGCAAAGCUGCCCGUGGGCCAGCCGUUAGACCGGGAGGGUCCUUCGCCCAGCCCGCCGAUGGGCCUGCACGCGCACACGGACACGGCGCUGCUCGACUACACCGGCGGCAUGCUCGGUUCUUCGGUGGGCUCUACUUUGCUAUACGGCAGAACUUGGUAA